CGCCCCUUCUGCUUUUGGCCAAAGCCUCUUGAAGGCACGCACACGACCACCCACUGCAACGAUCUGACAACGACUGUGAUCAACAUCCAAGAUGUCCUCCUCCCCCACAUCCGAGAUCCGUGAGAAGGACCUCGAAAAGUCACAGAAGGAUUACUACCCUCAACAUGUCCCCGAUACGAUCCAGGAGAUCCGGCCUACCACCGGACCCCUCGCUGCUCUUUGGGCGAUGGUAGAAAAGUUUGACCGGUAUGGUGUUGAGGUCCGUGGUAUUGAGCGCGUAAAGCCGGAGGAGCGGAAUCCCACGCAGAGUGCCUGGGAUGCUUGCACAAUGUGGAUGGCUGCGAAUUGCAAUAUCUCAACGUUUUCUUUGGGAACGCUGGGUACCUCCAUCUUCUACCUCAGUUUGAGAGAGUGCUUUCUGUGUAUUCUCUUCUUCAACCUCCUCUCCACCCUUCCAGUCGCCUACUUCUCCACCUGGGGCUGCAAGCUUGGUCUGCGUCAAAUGACUAUCGGGCGCUUCAGCUUCGGCUACUACACCUCCCUUGUACCAGUUGUUUUGAACUUGAUCGCUUGUGUUGGGUGGUCGACAAUUAACUCGAUCGUCGGUGCUUCAGUUCUUCGCGCCGUCAGCCCGGACUCGGAUCACAACAUUCCGGUUGCUGCCGCUAUCGUCAUCAUUGCAGUUCUGACAACCAUCGUAUCGCUUUUCGGCUACAAGGUUGUUCACGCCUAUGAGCGCUAUUCCUGGUACCCAGUCGCUGUCAUCUUCAUUAUCCUUCUCGGCCUCUCUGCCAAGUACAUGGUAUCGGGCCCAUAUGGUGGCACUGGCUCGCUCGAGGAAGGUAAUAUCCUGUCGUUCGGUGCAGCCAUCGUUGGAUUCGGUCUUGGCUGGUCCAGUCUCGCCGCUGAUUACACCGUCAGCAUGCCUGAGAAAACCCCGUCGUGGAAGAUCUUCUGCCUCACCUAUGCCGGCCUGAAUAUCCCCCUCGUCCUGAUCGAGACCCUUGGAGCUGCCAUGACCACGGUCACCCCCGACGAAUACCAGGCUGCAUUUGCGGAUGGUGGUAUUGGGGGUCUGAUCGGUGCAGGCCUUAGCCCCGCAAAAGGCUUCGGCCAGUUCCUGCUGGUCCUCCUCGCUCUUUCCAUCGUGGGGAACAACAUCCCGAAUAUGUACAGCUUGGCCCUCACCGCCCAGGUGCUCGGCCGCUGGGUUCAGAUGAUCCCACGUUUCUUCCUCGUUCUUGUCGGUACUGCAGUCUACAUCGUCCUCGCUAUUGUAGGCGCGUCUCAUUUCGAGGAUUGGCUCGAUACCCUGCUUGUGCUUCUUUCGUACUGGCUCGCCAUCUACUCAACAAUCCUGAUCGAGGAACACUUCAUUUUCCGCGGUGGCAAGUGGACAAAUUACAUGCCCAAUGAGUACAACAACACUCGCCUGCUUCCCCUUGGUCUAGCCGCGCUGUUCGCGCUCUGCUGUGGAAUUGCUGGUGCUGUGUUGGGUAUGGCGACCGUGUGGUAUGUCGGCGUACUUGGGAGGCUGAUUGGUGAUCCCGUUUUCGGUGGGGACAUAGGCUUUGAGUUGGCGCUGGGGUUCACUGCGAUAACAUACCCGCCGGCACGUUGGCUCGAGAAGCGCCUCACACCUUCUCGCAUUGCUUAGAUUCAUAUGUGAAGGAGAUUCCAAGCACCUUUCACUUCUUUCUGGCUGUUUAGGGGUUAAUAUGACAGUGAAAAUUGUAUAGCUUAUCAUCGAUUUGGGGAUACGGUAACUUCUAGCAAUGUACGCGUAUCGUUGGGCUUGUUUUGUCCUGAACGUGCUUCAUGCAUAUGACGGCUUCCUUCGUGCGCGUUCUCUCCAUCUGUCGAAGCUCCGCAUCAGGACCCAAGCUGCUAUGGCAACAAAUCAACAGUAAAUGU